AUUCCGGGUGGUGGCAGACAACAAAACGAGCCAACCCAACAGGAAAGCACCAGACUUCCGGGGCCACGAGGACAGAGAAGAGUGACAGUUGAUCCGACCAAAACACAGCUCGCGAGCAGUGACGACAACGUCUCUGUAACAGGCGGGAUAUCCGCAGUAGUAGGCUAGCUCAUAACAUGGCGAAGACUUACGAUUACUUGUUUAAACUACUUUUAAUCGGCGAUUCGGGCGUCGGAAAGACCUGCGUGCUAUUCAGAUUUUCAGAAGAUGCCUUCAACUCAACGUUUAUCUCCACUAUAGGUAUUGACUUCAAAAUCAGAACAAUAGAAUUAGAUGGAAAGAAGAUCAAGCUACAGAUAUGGGAUACAGCAGGACAGGAGAGGUUCAGGACUAUCACGACUGCCUACUACAGAGGAGCCAUGGGCAUCAUGUUAGUGUAUGACAUUACCAACGAGAAGUCGUUUGACAACAUCAAGAACUGGAUACGAAAUAUAGAAGAGCAUGCCUCAGCAGAUGUGGAGAGGAUGGUUCUUGGGAAUAAAUGUGACGUCAAUGACAAGCGGCAGGUGUCAAAAGACAGAGGAGAAAAGCUGGCGCUGGAAUACGGCAUCAAGUUCAUGGAGACCAGUGCAAAGGCAAACAUCAAUGUGGAGAAUGCCUUCUUAACCCUCGCCAGAGACAUUAAAGCAAAGAUGGACAAGAAGCUGGAGGGCAACAACCCUCAGAGCAAUCCAGGAGUAAAGAUUACAGAGCAGCCCAAGAAGAGCAGUUUCUUCCGCUGCACGCUCCUGUGAGACGUCUGGAGCGUCUGCAUCCACCAUCGCCUUAACUGUGUCCCCCACUGGACAGAACUGGACAGAGCGCUCUCUGAUCUGUGUAUUAUCCUUUUCGUUCGUCUUCUUUUUCUUCCUCCUAAUGAUUUUCUUGUCUAAUUGGGAAACAGAAAACCAGUCUUCCCGUAACACCUGUGGAUCCACCUACCUACUGUGGCCUCUGUUACAUGUUAAUUGUUUUUCUUUUUUCUUUACAUGGACAGUUUGACUUAAAAAAACAAAACAAAACAAAAAAACAUGCUGCCUCCUUGUGAGACGUUAGGAAUGAUCAAAUCUUUUGCCUAUCUAAACAAAUAUGUUGGUGAACUUAUUAUCAUUCUAACCAUCACGAGCCUAAAUUACACCUUCAGAGUAAGCGUACUCACAUGCUCCAUUUGUAAAAUGAUGUCACCCGUCUUCAAGGUGUUAACCGUAACAUCUAUUUGAGUUCUUUUUUUAAGCUAUUAUAAUACAUGUUUAUACUGACAGUGAGGCCUAUUGUUUCGUUUUUACUUCCACAUUAUGCUAAUGCAGCAUGUACAUAUAUUUCAUAAAUUUAAUUUUGCCAUAUGAAACAAUAAUGCCGGUGCAUUUUUACUCAUCAUAUCAACGGGGGUUUACGUGUCCACCUUUUCUACUCUUGUCUUUUUGAUUUUGUAGCCUGAAACAUUCCAAACCUCUUGCAAACAUUUAAAUGUGCAAUGUAGUGUACGUAGAUCCCAGAUUGAUUUAUCUGAAGUAUUCAUGUGGUUACCGUAAGGCCGGGUUCUUGACAAAAGAGUUGAGGGUUUUAAGAGCACAUAGAUUCUUUUUGGAGCUGUUCUCCUCCUAAGUUUAGGUGUAGGGAUUUGGAGAAAAAGCCUGAUGUGGCUGGUGUAAGGAAGUACUUGACACACCUCUACAGGUGGACGAGCCAUACCUAGACCUAACACCAGGAGGCAUUUCAGCGACACAGAAUCACUGAAUCCUUGCAUACUUCUUCCGCUUGUCCAUUCCAUUGGGGGAACAUUUACAUUUACUGUUCUGGGCCUUGGAUAGGGGCUGUGCUGUAGCAGUAUUUAUCGAGAGAAGCAAAACAAAGCACCAAAAUGACAAAGUGCUCUUUUAUGUUCUUAUUGAUUAUGCACUUUUUCCCCUUUUGCUUUUUUUCUCUGUAACAACAAAAAAAAGAAGUUCUUAAAGUAUAUUGACCGUAUUUGUUGCGAGUCUUAACUGAAAGCAAAGAGUAUUCAUUCCUUGUGUCCCGUCUGGGCUUCCUAAAAACAUCUGAGCACUGAAAAAUGUUCCUAGUGAGUACAGCGAGAGAGUUUAUGAUACAGAGAUUUAUUUCCCCUUUUGUACUUUUGUCACAACAUUCCCACGUACUGACUGAAAGCCUUUUUGUUUUUCACCCUGCGUUGCCGUUGAUGUUUUUGGGAAGACCAGACUCCCCCUUCCCCCUCCUCUGUCCAGAUAUUCUGUGUUGUUUUGGCCGAUUGUCGUGGCCGUCUGAACUAUGCAUUCUGUGUGCGUAGAAAAACCUCAAAAGGCUUUGCACAUUUCACUUAACAAGCUUUAUUUGAGAUUAGAAAUGUGCAGUUGUUGUCUUGUUUAAUUUUUUUUUUUUUUUUUUUUUUUUUUGCUGGCACUCCAAACACUUGCUUAGAGCGCUGAUCAAGAAUAGGAAAUAAAUUAAAAAUCUGGUUCUAAUCACAUCAGAGGUUUUACAGCGACAGCAAAAUGGUUUGUAGUUGUGCUGAAGGGUCAUGUACGUAAAUUCACAGCUGUAAUUUUGUGGCCUGUUCCGACUUAAUGGUUUUUGUUGUGUGUUUCUGAAUUCUCUCCCCUUGUUAAUCUGGCAGUGACCUGCUCACAUAUCUUCAGCAGUCCUCAACUAAAUUUGGAUUUCGUAUCUAAUUAUUGAUGGACAUUAUGUGGAAUAAAUAAAUAAAUUAAAAAAACUCAGCAAUUGUAAAUAAGAUCUACAAUGAUUGUACUGUAGUUUCAUAAAUCUUAUUGAUCUACACUUUUUGUAGAUAUGUGUACUUUUGAUGAUUUAUUAAAAAUGAGAUUCUUAAAAAUGUC